GGCUCCAACCUGCAGAACACGGCUCCACCAUCGUCGCCCCGGCGUACCAUCGUCUUGGCGGCACAUGUCCUGUCUGGGCGGGUUGAGCUUCCACUGGGAAUGUGCCCUGGCACUGGGCCUCCUCUGACACUUUCGGCGUCAACCGCCUUGACCAGGCGAGACAUGUGAGGGGCAAGCUCCAGAGGUCGGCGCGACGAUCACAGGACCGAGCACGACUCUGUUCCGACACGCGAUUCGCCUCCAGGGCAAGAGUGUGCCCGACGCCAUCCCCGCGUAGGUGCCCGCCUCUAGGAGAGCUGCUGUGCUGCUCGGCGCCGAAUUGUGCUGUGCAGGGGAACAAGAGGACGACGGGAUAGGUUAGAGGGACGACAUACCGGAUAGUGGCUCAGGAGCUUUUACCUUAUCGGAUCGCUGUUCUCCAGGUAUAGCGGUGGCUCCUAAGGUGAGGUGAGGUGUGGUGAGUAUCAAAUAGCCGCACUGUGUCGCAAUUUGGUGUAGCUAACGUAGGACCCCUAUCCCCCGUGAGGUUCAAGGAGUUAUCCGUGCAGUGGUUUUCGACUCUUCGAAACGUUUGGCGAUGCGUCCUUUGCGGGCCGUGCAAGCUUGCGUCGACUUGGCAGAAAUAUCUUGCUUUCAAUCGUGGGUGGUUGGCAAAUCAACCGGGGUUCAUCUUUCAACAGUUAAACGCCAGGGGCAGCACGGCUGGUUUUAUCUAACAACCUGUCAAGAGGUAUGUCUUCCAAGUCGGUAUAAGCGACCAAGCUGAAAGCAGCCUCUAUGGGCCUCGCCCACCAAGACGUUGUUGCACCACACAGCAAUCCGUCUCGAGCGGCACGGUGACCGUCCUCGAACCUGCCCGGCCUCUGAUCGCCCGGCCGCCGUCAUGAUACAAGAAUACCUAGUCAUCGUAUCGAGACCAGGACAGCAUGGUGGCUCUUCCACAACAUCGAGUACACCACCGGAUUUAUUAACUGCUCAACGGCUUGAAUCCCGCGCUCGGAUGCAUAACGUGGGUACACGAGAGUGGGGUAUGAUGGAAAAAGUCAUCGUAUCAAUAUACAUCUAUCAGAUGGUGUGAAUCUUGCUGCACUGGAUAUCAGUGUUUGUUUACUUUGUCGAGCGAUUUCGAAAGUUUCAACGGUCAUGGACCGAGACGGCGGGUCCGUGGUUCACUGAUCGACAGAACUGAGAUCAUAUCAAAGCUUCCACGUUCCCCCGCGGGGUUGGGCUUGUGGAGGUAUGUCAGCGGGCAUAUACGUUGUUGACAGAGGUUGGGCCAUAUUUCCCAGGUGAUGGUGCGAGCACUGAGGGUGAACAACAACGAGCCGGGAUCAGGACUUCAGGUACUGGUGCGUCUUGACGCACGUAUGUAACGGGAGGCUUUGGAGGUUUGGAUAUGGAGGAGGGCCAAGCGUCGGGGCCAUGGCGGAAACACUGCUCUCCUGAUUCGUCUGGCUAUGUUCGUUUCUGUGACAAUCCCUGACAAACGUCGCGGGAUGGGCCAAAGCUCACAGUGAGCGAUGGACACCCAUCAACUGUCCUGCCAGUCGGGAAAUCCGAUGGCCCUCUGUCAGGGCUAGCUAUCAGCGAAAGGGCCCAGGUGGUUGACCUUUCUGCUGAUACUCUGGUUGCUGACCAACGCGUAUAGCAUCCCCCUCUGGCUGUUGAAAGCGCCUUACCAACGGCGGCGAAGUCAUCGCGGGCCGCAAGUGGCUAACUUGACGCAACGACCGGCCAGGAACAUGUCCAAGAGCGAGUCAGACGAGGCACCAAGGAAGUGAACAAAACUCUUGCGAGUCUCAUCCAUGUGACGUUGGAUUGAGAUGUUGACUCUGGUUUAGACAUGGCUGUGACCAUCUUAAUUGUUGCGUGGGGUGAACGCUUGGCACCAAGUUGGUGGUUCAAAGUGGAUAUCCAAAGGCUUAUCAGUUGCUUAUCGUAGCUCCACAAUCAGCUUGUGGGGGUGUGUUAUGCGCACUUUGGAAGUUCGUCGCGUCACCCGGGAACAGCUACAACAACCACACGCGUCGAUAAUGUAGUUGAUCUGAGAGAGUGGACGAAGAGCGCCAGGUACCAUGCUUGUCUGAUAUCUUGGGAUGGGAAAAACAGCAAUCACGCUUUCCCCGUUUUCAUAACCCACCCGAUCUGCACCAUGGCCCGCGAAAGUCGUCCACUGGACGCAACACCUAGAGCCGCAUCCGCAGACCCUGUAUCCAACUUCCGCCGCUCCCUCCUCCAAACCCCCGGCAGCCAGCGCCGUCCACAAGGCCUGUCCGCCUCCGGAAGGAAAAACGCCCCCCCAACCGCAACCCCCCACGCUCGCGCCGCCUUCCGAACCAUCGACUCCCGCCGGGCAGCAAUCUUCACCCCCCACCGCGCCCGCCGGAAAUCAGUGCGCGAAGCCCGGGACUCCCCCCGUGACCUCCUCCUCGGCCUUGGAAGGGUCCUCGCCAAAAAGACAGAGCCGAUAGUAACGUCCUCCUCCUCUCCCGGCGACACCCCCAACCAUAACCCUUCCGACGAUGACGACUCCCACGAGACCACCCUUGGCCCAUUGCACAUGAGCUACGAUGAUGACGACGAAGCAGAUAUUCCCAAGAGACCGCGGCUGUCACUGCCGAUCGACAGGGACGACGACAGCGGUAGCGACGAUCUCGUCCCCCAUCGGUCGAUGCUCCUGGACAAUGAGGACAACUUCACCAUGCAGUCGGUUGAGAUGCCGCGUAGGGCGUAUAGUGAGGGACCUGGGGGCAGACUGUCCUUGAACAGCACGAGGAUGAGCGACUUUUUCAAUGCGAAUGAUAUGCUGCAUAGUGAGGAUUUUGGAAGGGAGUCGGGCAUGUUUCCGCCGAUCAAUGUUGUGGAGGAGGAGGGUACUUUUACUAUGGCGGAUAUCAUGUCUCCUGAACGAAUAGAAGACGGCCGUCGAGAAACCGGCCACGAAAGCGACUUCGGCAUCCAUGUCCCCGUCGAUCUAGACGACCAAACCUCCUUUGUAAUCAACCCCGAUGUGCAAUCCUCCCCCGUCCGUCAACCCCCCGACUUCGACGAGCCAGACUUUGCCCCAUUAGAAGAUGCCCGAAGUGACAGCUACGACGGUGGUGAUGGUAUGGACAACCACAACUUUGACGACUUCGGAGACCUCCCAGAUACGGAAAUGGACGACGAAGAACCUGACAAUACCCUCAACGGAACAACCCGCAUGACCGCUGGCAACGUAACAGAAACAGAAGUUUGGACCCAUGCUCAAAGAGCUGAACUACGCGCUGCUGCGGCGGCAAGAAAAAAGCGCAUCAACAUCUCCAAGCACGGGAUCCAGUACCCUUCCCUUCCAGCGGGUGUGGUUAAACGGCUGGCGCAAAACUUCGCCAAGACGAGCGGAGCCAAGGGGAGGAUCACCCCAGACGCCAUGAACGCCAUCAUGCAGGCUUCCGAGUGGUUCUUUGAGCAGCUGGGGGAGGAUCUGGAGGCGUAUUCCAAGCAUGCUGGGCGGAAUACUAUUAAUGAGAGUGAUGUCAUUACCCUGAUGAGAAGGCAGCGUCAAAUCAACCCACAGACUACGCCUUUUGCUCUUGCGUCACGGCAUUUACCACGAGAGUUAUUACAGGAUCUUCGGAUGCCACCGCCUGUCCUAUCCAAAAAGCGUCACAAGGCAAGCGAAGAGGCAGUUCCGACUGGCGAAGAAGAUGAAUCCGUGACGUGAGAGGCCUGUAUGCCGCCAUUGGACCUUGUGAUAUUGUUGUUUCACCAGUUCUUGUUCAUGCGAACACGACGGGUGAUAUCCUUUGGUGGCUUCUUGACUACCAACCAGAACAUUAUCGAUGUGGCCAGAGAGAGGCCAUACCUGAGGAUAUUGUUAGAUAAAAGUGCUCAUAACGCAUUCGAGCACACUGAGGAGGCCGCGUCGCCAAGGCAGUUACGCAUAGACUGACCGCCGCGGCAUCGAAAGACAGGAGAGGAGCUAUAUACAUACCAGGUGAAGAUGUACUGCGCAUGGUUGUUGCGCAAGUUGACCUCGGCAGGUCGCCCGAUGGGUACACCCUUUUGUUCAUACUCCAGAGUAGUGAAAUAGUCAGGGUCUGUACACACACACAUAUCAGAGUUAGCAAAACCAUAGCUAGCUCCCCAACCCAAUAUAUCCCAGAUCAGGACUUAAACCUACUCAUAGUCUGCUCAACCCAGACAGGCUGACUCCCGGUCAACUCGGCCAUCUGCUUCACAUCAGGAAAGUAAAACU